AUAUUUGGCUUACCAUAUAAUGGUUAUCAGUGGUUAGUGGUUACUUGCCAUGUUGCUUGUAUGGGCAGCUGAUUGGUCUAGAGAACUCAUUUCAACUUUUUCUCUUUUUGGAAGAAAUGAUGUGCUUUCACAAACAGGAAAAAACGCUUGAAAGAGAUUUUUUUGCCACCCAAUAAAAAAGCCUUCUGGUUCGUUUUUCUUUCUUCUUUUUGUGGACACUUAGUUUAGUUUGAUGUAUUAAGUUUGAGAGGUCUGCUGAAUUUUAAUACCCUGACUUUUUGCCCUAUUUUUGAACUUAUACUUUGUUAACUUACUGUCUUGAUGAAUACCGGGGAUGGGUAAGGAAUUUGUUGGGGUUCCUUGUUUUAUGUGACUGGUGUCUUUGCUUAGGGCCCAGGUUUGUACAGUUAACUGGCAAAUUGGGCAUGGUUUGCAUGCAUGAAGUAGGACUGAAGGAGUAAAUAUGGGUGACUUGUUUGGGUUUACCUCUGAGGGUGACACUUCACAUCAGAAAAGAUGUGGAUUUAGGAGAAUAUGCACUUGAGGAAUAAAAAGACGACCAAAACCACUUGUUAGCAGUGGAGGAGGUGGCCAAAUAACGUAUUCUUCAUCUAAUGCUGAGUGAAAAUGGCCAGUUCAUGUUUGUCAGGUCAGUCUGUCACCAUGAAUUUGGUGGUUUCUCUUGUUGGAAAAUUUCUACUAUGUAAUAGAAUUUGAUGGCAAAGCUGAACACGUUAAUAGAAGAUCCAUUCCAUCCUUUAUUGUCAUUUGAGUACUAGUAAUUUUAGUGGGCCACUUAUGGUGGAGUUCUACUCUGGAGCUUGUAAAGGGGGUGGUUUGUAGAUACCUGUGAGAUUGAUGGGGC